AAGAGUGUUUUUUUUUUCUUCUCUCCUCGAGCCGUCUGUCCUCCAUGACACUUUGGAAGUGAACUUAAGCGAACUAUCCAAGAACUUUUUCCUUCAAGAUUAUCCGAAAACUCUCAAAGUUCUCUCGGGAAGCCGCCACGUACGUCGACGACGACGCGCACGCUAGCGGCCGUGUUGGGCACGCGCACGUCGUGGAGCGCGAGGCAAGCGCGGACAGAUUCUACCAAAGGUUCAGGCAAUACCCGUCCGUGUCUAUUAAGAAAAGAGAUGUAGUGUGUGUGGCCCAUCAUGCACCUCUUCCUGCUGCUCAUCCUUCACGCCGCAGCAGCCGUCGCACAAGUUGACCCAGCACACUGUCGCUAUGCCCUGGGCAUGGAGGAUGGGCGGAUCAAGGAUGAUGACAUCACAGCAUCCAGCCAAUGGCACGAGACCACAGGACCGCAGUACGCAAGGUUGAACCGCGAGGACGGCGACGGUGCCUGGUGUCCUGAAGGUCAACUGGAAGCGUCCGACUCUCAGUUCCUGCAGGUGGACUUGCGCCAUCUGACCUUCCUGACAGUGGUGGCCACUCAGGGACGCUACGCGCGCAACGGCAUUGAGUUUGCGCGAGCAUAUAGCUUAAACUACAGCAGGGACGGAGUCAUAUGGAAGUCAUGGAGGAACCGCCUGGGAAGCACGGUAAUGGAGGGCAACAAGAAUGCGUACGCGCCUGUCAUCAACGACCUUCACCCUCCGGUUGUGACUCGAUGGGUCCGCUUGAUUCCUCUCACUGAGCUGUCCACUGUCUGUAUGCGGGUGGAGCUGUACGGCUGCCCCUGGGAAGAUGGUCUGAUCUCGUACAGUGCCCCCGAAGGACAGCAGAUGACGCAACCUGGCUUUCCCAUCGCCAUCCUCAACGACUCCACCUACGACGGCACCCACCAGAAGAGGAAAUUGUCCGGUGGUCUGGGCCAGCUUACAGAUGGCGUGAUAGGGUUGGACGACUUCCUGUUGACGCGUCAGUACCACGCAUGGCCAGGGUAUGACUACUUGGGCUGGAGGAACGUUUCGAUGGGAGCAGACCACACCGUGGAGAUGGAAUUUGUCUUUGACCGACAGAGGAACUUCACCUCCAUGAAGGUUCAUAGUAACAACAUGUUUUCCCGCGGCGUGAAGAUCUUCUCAUCGGUGUCCUGCUGGUUCAAGCCCCGGCCCUCGUCCAUGUGGGAGGCAGAACCUGUGGUGUUCCACACGGUUCUAGACGACCGGAACCCGAGCGCUCGCUACGUGACCGUGCCACUGGAACGCCACGCCGCCACUGCACUGCGAUGCCGCUUUGCCUUCGCAGACACCUGGAUGAUGUUCAGCGAGGUCUCCUUCCAGUCAGAAGACGCGUCAAUGUCGGUGACUCCACCGUCCGUCAGCGAGUCUAGCACAGCCCCGCCCAUAUCAGCCGCUGUCCCGUCUGCCAGCGCGACGCCCGACAACGGCAACGCGCCCGUUCUGAUUGGCUGCCUGGUAACCAUCAUCUUGCUGCUGGUCAUCAUCAUCUUUCUCAUCCUGUGGUGUCAGUAUGUGUGUAAAGUUCUGGAGAAGGCUCCCCGAAGGAUCCUGGGCGAGGAGGUGACGGUGCGACUGUCGUCCUGCAGCGACACCAUCAUCCUGCAAACCCCCCCUGUGCCACCCCGCUCUGGACACGCCCCAGGAGGCCUGGCCCAGUCAGACCCCCACUAUGAGCGAGUCUUCCUGUUGGACCCUCAGUACCAGAACCCUGAGACAUUCCGGAACAAACUGCCUGAACUCUCACAGAGUGCCGAAGCCUCAGCGUGCGGCGGCGGCUACGCUGAGCCCGACGUGACGCAGUGCACGCCGCACCAGUGUUUCCAUAGCAACGCGCCGCACUACGCCGAGACGGACAUCGUACGUCUGCAGGGCGUGACGGGCAGCAACAUGUACGCCGUCCCCGCCCUCACCGUCGACUCACUGACGCGCAAGGACAUCUCCGCCUCUGAGUUCCCGCGCCAGCAGCUGCUCUUCCGCGAGAAGCUCGGCGAGGGACAGUUCGGUGAGGUGCACCUGUGCGAGGCCCAGGGGCUAGCCACCUUCCUGGGGGAGAACGAAGAGGAGGAGGAAGGAGGCGUAGCCGGACGGGACCGAAAUGGGUGCGCCACAUUGGUGGCAGUCAAGCAGCUACGGGCAGACGCCACCAGCCAGGCCAGGAAUGAUUUUCUGAAAGAGAUCAAGAUCAUGUCGCGGCUGAACGAUGCCAACAUCAUCCGACUGCUGUGCGUGUGCGUGACGUCCGACCCGCUGUGUAUGGUGACAGAGUACAUGGAGAACGGCGACCUUAACAUGUUCCUGUCACAGCGUGAGAUGGAGAGCACGCUCACGCAUGCCAACAACAUACCCUCCGUCAGCCUGGCGGACCUGCUGCACAUGUCGGUGCAGAUCUCGUCGGGCAUGAGGUACCUGGCCUCCCUGAACUUUGUCCACCGCGACCUGGCGACCAGGAACUGCCUGCUGGACCGCCGCCUCACCAUCAAGAUCGCCGAUUUCGGGAUGAGCCGAAACCUCUACAGCAGCGACUACUACCGCAUCCAAGGCCGCGCCGUGCUGCCCAUACGCUGGAUGGCCUGGGAGAGCAUCCUGCUGGGCAAGUUCACAACUUCCAGCGACGUGUGGGCGUUCGGGGUGACCUUGUGGGAGAUCUUCACGCUGUGCAAAGAGCAACCUUACAGCCUGCUGACUGACCAACAGGUCAUAGCCAACACUGGAGAGUUCUUCAGGAACCAGGGCAGACAGGUGUUCCUGUACGCUCCUCCGCUCUGCCCCCCCUCCCUCUUUGAGCUGAUGAUGCAUUGCUGGAGGCGGAACAUCCCGGACAGACCCUCCUUUGAGGGGCUCUACCAGGCCCUCAGGCCCCACGUCAACCAGUGACCAGGACUGGGACCAGGUGGACCACCCCCACGACCUGACUCAGGUUAAGAGGAGAUAAAUGGAUGUCCGGGGAGAAACAUUUCAAACUUUUCCCAUUUUUGUUCAGCAAAACUUUAUCUUUUUAUCUUUUUUUCCCCUCACCUUUUUGGCCUUCAAAAACCUUUUUCUCAUUCCUGUGGUCCUUCUUAUAAAGAAAGCACUGUGUGUGUGGGUGUGUGCGUGCACGCGCGUGUAUACGCUUACUGUCCGUUACAAGUACUUCCUGUUUGUGUUCUAAGCACACUGGAGCUCAGAGGAUGGUCAAAGUUCGAAGUUUUAUUUUAUUUUAUUGUAUCACUUUGUUGUUGUCAUUAUUUUUUUACAAACACUCACUUAGGAGCAACACAUUCCACUUUGUAUGUUCUGAGCGUGCCAAAUGAACACGUGACUAUGAAUGUUUACAAAUCUGAUCAUUUAAACUUUAUGAGCAAAAAACACAAAUGUUGUCUAUUUGUGUCACAAAUGCACAAUAAUCCAGCAAAUGUUACGUAAGUUAUUCAUUAGCUGGCAAAAACAUGCACAUGCAAACUCAGACUAGCGACUAGCUUACAGCCAAUUGGUUAGCAAAGACAAAUUCAACAUGAUGCUAAUCUUUUGUUGUUCUUUUGACUCCAUUUCCUAACGCAAGCACUAGCUGUGGCUAGUGGCUAGGUCGUUAGCCACAACAAAUUCAAUGUGAUGCUAACUCUUUUGACUCGAUCCUUUUGUUCUUUUGACUGAAUUUUACUAGCACACACAAUAGCUCAGGCUAGUGGCUAGCUUCACAGCUAGCUUGCUAGCAACGCAAAUUCUUUUGACUAAAUUUUCUAGCGUACAUUCAAUUGCAGGCUACUGGCUAGCUUCAUUGCUAGCUUGUUAGCACUGACAAAUUCAUCGUGACGCUUACCGGUUGUCCUUUCAACUUAAUUUCCGAUGUCACACCCUGGCUCAGGCUAGUGUCUAGCUUGUUUUCUGCGUAAAAUUCAAUGUGAUGCUAACCCAUUGUUACUUUGACUCCAUUGUUUAGCGCAGGUGCUAGCUCAGGGUAGUGGCUAGCUUAACAGCUAGUGUGUUAGCAAUGAUAAAUUCUUUGGACUCAAUUUCCUAGUGCACACGGUAGCGCAGGCUAGUAGUUAGCUUAAUUGCUACAUUGUUUCCAACGACAAAUUCAACGUGGUGCUUCCUUUGUGUGUCGAAGUUUGACUUUUUGUGUUCUUUUUGUUCGCCUUUAGCCAACCAGCUUGAUGACGUUAGCAUUCACACGUCCAGAUAUUUCAAAAACAAAAAGUCGUAAGCGAUAGCAAACGUUCCCUUUAAGCUAAAAGAGUCGACUACUGGAGUUUUUACACACACACUCACACACACACACACACACGCAAACAUUCUUGGUAGCAUCAGCAUUAGCGGCUAAAAAGCUGCUAGCUCACUUACUAAGUGGAUAUUUCAGCCUUUUUGUGACCUGUUUUCAUACUUUUUUGUCAAACAUUUAUUUAACAUAAAACAUAAUCAUCCUGACGUGGAAAAAAAUACCACAUUUCUGUUAGCUUUUUUUUUUUGUUAGAACGUUUUGCUGUUAAUGCUUUUGUCUUAUUUUUGUGUGUUUCAACCAUAGUUUUGGGAUGCCGCUGGUUCAUGAGAGAUAGACUGAAUGCUAUGCUAAAUGCUAUAUGAUAUGCUAAAUGCUCCAUGCUAAAUUUCAAGAAGCAAGGAAACCACUAAAGUCAAGUCUAUCUCUCAGAAUGCUUUGGUUCAGUGAGCGUGUAGCUGAGUGAAUGCUAGAAAUGGGUAACUGCCUGUCAAUAAAACCUACAUAGCAUUUUUUGGUUUAUAUCAUUUAGAUUAUUUGCAGUGUUACGUUAUGUGGUCCACACAUUUUUUUGUACAUAGAGCAUUUUUAAUAUAUCACCACAAGAUUUGUAAUAUGCCAUCCUGGUUUUGAAUAAAUGAGUGACGCCACCCA